ACGUCGGAAUUCGCGCGAACACGGACAGAUAGUACUGCACGUUUGUUUGAAAUUUUCACAUUUCUAUCGAGCCAAGACCCUAAGUAAAAAUUCGUCGUUUUCUCACGGAAUCUGGGAAUCUAUCAUCCUACAUAACGGCUGCCAUAUUCCACGCCAUGGCUAAAGCGACUUUAUGGUUCCUUGGCUGGUUAACGUUGUUAGUCACAUUUAGCUACGCCGUGGACGAGGAUUGCAAUUUCUAUCAGGAACUGGUCCCCGGCACAGACUACUACGUGUAUAAUUCGGAGUAUCCAUAUAAAUAUAACGGAGCAAGGUCGUGUAUGUGGACUAUAAAAAGCGCUUAUCGGGUGAACCUGACUUGCGAAACGUUUAAUUUACCAGGGAGUGUCGACUGCCUCGAAGAUAGAAUGGUCAUCCAAGUCGACGCAUCCACGACGUAUCGAUAUUGCGGGGAUAGAAGUUUCAGUAUACAAUCCAACGACAACACGAUGACCAUGUCGUUAUCGUCGCCAUACUGGUCUAUAGGCGGUCGAUUCCUUUGCAAGGUUGAAGCGAUCAAAAGGCCUCAAGACAGCGAGAAAUGUCAAUGCGGGUGGAAGAAUCCCUCCAGAAUCGUUGGUGGCGUGGAGACAGGGGUGAACGAGUAUCCCAUGAUGGCCGGCAUGGUGGAUUCUUUGCAACGAAGAGUGUACUGCGGCGGUACUAUAAUAUCCAUUAAACACAUACUGACGGCAGCUCAUUGUAUAGUAGGAAGAGACAUACAAAAGUUGGGUGUCGUGGUGGGCGAGCACGAUAUACGGACAGGCAAAGAGUCAAAUGCCACGAGGCUGUACCGCAUCGAGAAGGCUACCAUUCACCCUAACUACGUUCGCAAAAGUUUCUUGAACGACAUAGCCGUCGUGGAGCUGGACGGGAACUUAGUUUACAGCAACGAGGUUGGCCCAGCUUGUUUGCCUUUCCAACAUUCGCCGGACACUUUUGGCGGGAGUUUCGUCGAUAUAUUGGGUUGGGGAACGACGGAGUUCGCCGGGCCACCCUCCGAUACUCUACAAAAGGCCACCCUUAGCGUCCUCACGAAUCUCGAGUGCUCGAAAACUUACAAUAACUUAACCAACGAUCAGUUCUGCACGUUCGCGGAAGGAAAAGACGAUUGUCAAAUGGACAGCGGCGGACCCGUUCUAUGGCAGAAUCCUACGACCAGGCGACUUCUACUCAUCGGAAUUAUCAAUUACGGUAGUGGUUGCGGCGUAACAAGCGGCGUUAACUGCAGAGUCGGCGGUUACAUGGAUUGGAUUGUUUCAGCAACGCCAGACGCACGUUACUGCAUCAUCGAAUAAACAAACGUGCCUGAUCUGCUCGACUUAAUUCGUCGCGUUAUCGAUGGCGCAACCGAUCGUUCCAACAUUUUCGCUGACGGCGUAGUUCGCAUUCCUCGCAAGCGGAUUCGCUGGUUUUAUGCAGCUAACAUGGUUAGUAUAUUCUUCCUAUGGAAGCAGCGAAACGGAGGCGUGCUUCUCAACAGAAAUCGAACGAUCCGGUAACUGCGGCCAAUCUAUCGCGUCGAAUUUGGAGACGACCAAAACCACCGUUCCGUUACUUGUAUUCGAUGUGCAUGUCCGCAAAUACACUCUGAUACGUUAA